GAUGAUAUCUCAAAGCAAAUUGUAGUAUUAUGAUAUUACCAAGAGCAUCAGCGGCAUUCUGUUCACAGACACAGCUGAUAAACUAUCAACUGACUGUGCUUUCUUUGUUGUAAACACUACUUUUAUGGCGACUUCUUCAGCUGAAGGCAAAAUCUCCAUUCUGGCAAACGACUGUGUCUGUGAGUGUGAUGAAACGCCACUUCUCACAAAGUUUGCUUCUAAAUCACGAGCUUUAGAUUUUUCCAGCCGUGUAAAGUUGAUAACCGAGGCUGAUUCUGUUGAAUACAAAGGUCCAUACUUUCGAGAUGGAGAGAGGAGCAUCGACAUGACUCUUGUUUUUCAAAGUAACAAAACACAAUCCGGUGUGAAGAGCCUCAAAUCUCGUGAGAAAAGAGAGAUAUUUGUGAAUAAAUUAAUCAUGAAUGGAGUACAACUGGAAGUUGAGACAGCCCAACAAUUUGAUACGGACAUAUUCUUCAUCAAACUACACGUACCGUUGGCCACUUUGCAAACAAAAGCUGAAGAAAUGAAACUCAAAAUUCCAUUUUCAAUCUUAUCAAAAAAUCCUGAAAUGGACGUCGCUAUCGCCUCCCUUCCCUUCACCUCUAGAGAUAAACAAAUCAGUCCUCUCAAUCAUCGAUACUUUCUACUAACACCUUUCGUGAAACGACACGCAGAAAAAUUCAUGGCGAAAGGGGAUUGUUUUUCAACAUUGGAUCGUAUCGCGGUGUGCGAGAGAAUUCUGAACGAAACGCGUUUUUCAACAAAUGAGAAAGAAUUUGGAAUCAAACCUUUAUUAAAGCAAAAGAUUUUCAACGCUGUUUAUCCUCCACACGACUCCGGAAAAGAUCUGUCAGCUAAAAACAAAACAGGUCGGCAAAAACUAGCCAAAGAUUGGGCCUCACUUCGAAGCACGUUCAAGAUGCAGCCAAUCAACACGGUGCGAUCUUAUCUGGGCACGUCAAUUGCGUUCUACUUUAUAUGGUUAGGAUUUUCUGCAUGGUGGCUCUGGCCUCUGGCUAUGGUUAGCAUGAUGGUGAUUAUUUAUGGUAGUUUACCUCUAUCUGGUUACCCUCCUGUGGAAGAGAUAUGCAAGAAAACAAACACCACGCAGUAUCUGAUGUGUCCCCAGUGUGAUGAAUGUGACUUCUGGUAUUUGAACGAAGUCUGUGUUUCCAGUAGAAUAACACAUAUAUUGAACAAUACCUUGACGGUAAUAUUGUCAUUCCUGGUGGCAAUUUGGUCGUUGUUCUUUAUCAAAUUCUGGAACAGGUAUCAUUCAAAGAUGGUGUUUCAAUGGCAAACAUACGAGAUCGAGAAAACAGACGAACCGUCACGACCAGAAUUUCUGUCUAAAGUAAAAACAUUUCGUCGAAACAUCGUCACAGAUCAAUUAGAACAGUUUGUACCACUAUCCACACUGUGUUAUAAAUAUUCACUUGUCAUACUUACUAUGAUCUUAAUAAUAACACUAGCACUUGCUUCUCUCCUGGGCGUGGUUAUCUACCGCAGUGCAGUGUAUACUGUACUUAUAACCCAGGGUAAUAACAACGCUAGGGUGAUAACAGAUAUCACGGCUGGGGUGAUAACACUGGUAUGUAUUAACGUAUUAUGCUGUGUGUACGAACCAAUCGCGCGAAGGCUCACGGACUGGGAAAAUUCUCGAACACAAAGUGAAUGGGAGAACAGCUUCACCUACAAGAUGUUUGCUUUUCAGUUUAUUAAUUGGUAUUCCUCGUUGUUCUACAUCGCGUUCUUCAAGACAGAAUAUUUCACAGGCAGACCAGGGGGGUACAUAAAGUAUGGUGAAUAUCAAUUGGAGGGGUGUUCCGCCCUGGGCUGUUCUAUGGAACUAUCCAUCCAGCUCGCUGUGAUCAUGAUUGGGCAAAUGUUUCUCCAGAAUAUCACAGAGCUUUCAAAACCAUAUUUGUUAAAAUGGAUGGUGAUACGGAAAAGUAAAGUGUUGUACAACAGGCUGUUACCGUGGCAACAGGAAUACUUUCUUACGUCAUCUGACGACACACUAUUCUGGGAACAUAUGGAAAUAGUUUUGCAAUUCGGUUUCGUCCUGAUGUUCACAGCUGCUUUUCCACUGGCCCCUUUGAUUGCUUUUAUAAACUCAAUCAUUGAAAUACGCCUCGAUGCUAUCAAAUUUAUUCAUUUCCAACGACGUCCAAUUCCUAAAAUGGCUGUC